UUCCAACUGGCUCCAACUUCAAACCCAAGACUGAAGAAAGAGGGGAUGCAUUUGGAUGCAAUGGCGCUUGUGAAACUUAGAUCGAAAAGCCCUUCAGGUUGUGUUGGAGGACUUGAGCUGGGGAGAAGCUUGCAGCACACAACGAAUGAGCUGAAUUGUCCGCUCGAAUGCAGAGAACGGUCAUUCGUAAAGGCACCAAUGCAAUCAAGCGCAGUGCACAACCAUGCUUGGUCACUCUUAGCAAAAGACACGCUGCAUUGGAAUCCUCGGAGGCCAAUCAAGCCUGUGCCGUCGCAACUUCCUUGUCAUCUUAGGUCAACAUUCUCGGGACAAUUGAUAGUCCACGCAUUACGAUCUUCGAGAGCGCCCCUCCGUGAUUGGCAUAAACCAAAGGGAAUUCGAGCGAGUAGCGAGUUCUGGUAUGAAGAGGAGGUCGAAUUCGAUGUCAAUGAAAUUGUGCGGCCGAAGCGGAUAGUUCUGAUGAGGUGUGCGGAGCAUAGCAUGGAGGAGUUGGAUGCGUCUGAUGCAUCGGGACCUGCCAAAAGCUCGACGCUGACUCAGCGCGGUCGAGAGCAGGUGGAACGGGCGCGUUCCAUGUGUGAGCGUUUCAACUUCCAGGCAGCAUUCUGCAGCCCCGAGGCGGCUGUGGAAGAGACCGCCGACAUUAUGUGGGAGAAGCGGGGGGGACCUCCCUAUUUCAGGAAAGUACGGCCGCGGGCGACUCUCCAAGGUCUAGGAGGCUCUUCCGGAACCAGUGCCACGUCAUCCCCAGGUGCUGAGGUGGCAGCGCCUCAUUGGGACACCAGCGCAGAGGGCCGCCUACUCACUGAGGCCAAGGAAUUCCUGACAGAGGUCUGCACCAUCAACUGGAGCACGGAGCUGACGGAAGGUUUAGGCGGGGUUUACCUUGACCCGGCAAAAGACCGAGAGGACAUCCUAGUGGUUUCGCACGCCUCGAGUCUAGCGGCGCUCGUAGCGGUGGCGCUACGAGCCCCAGAAACCGUGCGCGCUCUGGUCUUCGAUCCGGGCAGCCUGACGAUCCUUGAUUACAGCGGUAGCGGUGGCUCUAUACCCACUGCGAAAACGGAACUGAAAAAAAGCACGAACCCGCUUGAUCGAUAUGAGAAUGGACUCCCGGGCACUUUCAAACUAUGCUCUCUAGACCUCGAACUUUCUAAAUGAGGGAGCACUCGUCUAUUGCUUGAGCAGAAGUACGAAGUAGCGCACUAUCCGUUGUGACUCUAACAUCCAUGCACUGAAGAACAUCCCCUGUGCGGUCGCAAUCGUGGUGCGCAAUGACGUCAGUAUGGACAGUGUAGCAAGCCCGUGCUAGUCAAUUUAGAGCAUGGGGCCCAACUGUGACAGUUGAAUCAAGUUGACGCGACACGUGCAUCCAGUCGAUGUAAGCCUGGUAUACAACAUGAUACCUUGCGUCAGUUGCAUAAAGUCCAAGUGGACGGUAGAUAGUCAAUCUACGAACGACAUGCUAGCAUGUGACCUAAUCUGGAUUAUUUGCAGUACUGAGAAUCUCGAAAAGUUUGAU